AUGCUGCUAGGGGCGCCAGUUGAGGUUCUUGUCAAGGUAGCAAUCCCAAGAUAUGCUCGGAUGACCAAUUUAUACAAGAGGGAUUCUGUGGGAAAGCUUCUGUCGGCAGAUCCACCCAGCUCAGCGGAGACUCCUGCCAAGGUAGCAAAGCCAAGAGCAUGCUUGGCUUGUGAUAGAUAUGCUGGCUUGCGUUCGUCGGAAUACUCCACUACAUUAUCUAUCCAUCCAAGACUUGUCCAGAAGGAAAAUUUGAAUGCCUUUUAG